AUGGGUGAACACGAACAGACACGAACGAACACGGGCGAACACGAACAGCGCCGGCAGGCACAGCAGCGGCGUUGUGCACGCGUCUUUCUCGUGUACGUGGGGCCCGGCCCCGCGUACUACGAGGACACGCCGACGCGUCCGGGUGGUGUGCCAUACACGACCCAGGCGCUCGCGAUCGGGCUGUCGAGUCGUGUCGCCGAGCGCGCGCGACGAGCUCGUCGCGCACGUCGCCUCGGGCGGGCCCCGCGCCCGCCGACGACGAGGCAUACGAGGCGCCCGAAGAAGCGCUCGUGGCAGAACCCCGCCCUCGCGUCGACGACUUGUCGGCUCGAGGGCCGCAUCGACGACAGCCCCACCACGAACCCGCGCCCGCCGACGACGAGGCACACGAGACGCCCGAAGCAGCGCUCGUGGCAGAACACCGCCCUCGCGUCGACGGCCUGUCGGCUCGAGGGCCGCAUCGACGACAGCCCCACCAUCGACGUCGACGGCCUGUUGGCUCGACGACUCGGGCCCCAGCCGCCUCUCGCGAGGCCGCGUCGACGACAACACGGUCCGCGCGCUCCUGGCCCGUCGACCCGUAGUCGUCGGCGCCCGACGCUCGCCUCCUCCUCCCCCCAUCAGAUGGACCACGCGGGUUCGUGGAGUCGACAGCAGCACCCGGCCCGUGCUUCCCCCUUCCGCCUCGUCGGCCCGGGCUCCACGAUUUGGCCGGCAUCCUCUCGCUCGUCGACUCGUAGCUGGCGGCGCCCAGCGCUCGCCUCUCCAUGA